AUAUGAAUCUGACACGCCAGCCUGACUCACUCAUUCACAUGAAGAAGCAAUAUUUAUUUUUGUUUUCUUUUCUUUUCAGCAACGAUAAACCAUUAUUCAAGUAAGGGUUUCGAUUUCGAUUUUCCACACACAGAUCUUCAUUUCACACCUAAAAUAUGUCUCUCUUCCGACUCUGCCGAUCAAAUGUUUCUCGUAAAACACCUUCAGAUUACCUCAGAUUCUCCUCAAGACUCGCUCAUUCGCUUGGAUUUGCAACGGUGAAAGCUGAAGAGAUAUCUGGGUCUCAGCCAGCUGAAGUACACAACUUGGUCCAGGGCAAAUGGAUUAAGUCUGCUAACUGGAAUACAAUUGUGGAUCCCUUAAAUGGAGAAUCAUUUAUCAAAGUUUCAGAGGUAGAUGAAAGUGGAAUCAAGCCUUUUGUAGAGAGCUUGUCCAAGUGUCCCAAACAUGGAAUGCACAACCCGUUUAAAUCCCCAGAAAGGUACCUUUUGUAUGGAGAUAUAUCUUCAAAGGCUGGUCAUAUGCUUUCCUUGCCUGAGGUCUCCGAUUUCUUUGCUAAGCUGAUACAGAGAGUAGCACCUAAGAGUUACCAGCAGGCUCUCGGUGAAGUUUAUGUUACGGGAAAGUUUCUAGAGAACUUCUCUGGUGAUCAGGUACGUUUCCUGGCAAGGUCCUUUGGAGUUCCUGGGAAUCAUCUUGGGCAGCAAAGUCAUGGUUUCCGUUGGCCGUAUGGACCCGUGGCAGUGAUUACCCCAUUUAAUUUCCCUCUAGAGAUUCCUCUACUUCAGUUGAUGGGAGCACUUUACAUGGGAAACAAGCCUGUUCUUAAGGUUGAUAGCAAGGUAUGCAUUGUUAUGGAGCAAAUGCUUCGCUUGCUCCAUGACUGUGGGAUGCCUAUUGAUGAUGUCGAUUUCAUCAAUUCUGAUGGAAAAACAAUGAACAAGCUACUGCUCGAGGGAAAACCACGGAUGACUCUCUUCACUGGUAGCUCAAGAGUGGCAGACAAGUUGGCUUAUGACCUAAAUGGUAGAAUCAAGUUAGAAGAUGCUGGAUUUGACUGGAAAAUCCUUGGCCCUGAUGUUCAAGAGGUGGAUUAUGUUUCUUGGGUUUGCGAUCAGGAUGCAUACGCAUGCAGUGGUCAAAAAUGCUCAGCACAAUCUAUGCUUUUCAUGCAUGAGAAUUGGAGCAAAACAUCACUCUUGAGUCAACUUACUGACCUUGCUGCAAGGAGGAAGCUUGAAGACCUGACCAUCGGCCCAGUUCUUACCGUUACAACAGAAGCUAUGUUAGAUCACAUGAAGAAAUUGCUACAGAUUCCUGGAUCCAAGCUGCUUUUUGGCGGUGAAGAGUUGAAGAACCAUUCUAUUCCUUCCGUAUAUGGGGCUAUAAAACCAACAGCUGUUUUUGUUCCAAUUGAAGAAAUACUCAAGGGUGAAAAUUAUGAACUUGUUACAAAAGAAAUAUUUGGACCCUUUCAGAUUAUCACAGAGUACAAAGACAAUCAACUCGAGCUGGUGUUGGAUGCCCUUGAGAAGAUGCAUGCACAUUUAACAGCUGCCGUGGUUUCCAGUGAUCCGUUAUUUAUUCAGGAGGUUGUUGGGAAAACAGUGAAUGGAACCACUUAUGCUGGACUUAGAGCAAGAACCACAGGGGCACCACAGAAUCACUGGUUUGGGCCGGCCGGAGAUCCAAGAGGAGCAGGAAUAGGAACUCCAGAAGCUAUAAAACUGGUGUGGUCAUGCCAUAGAGAGGUCAUUUACGACUUCGGUCCAGUCCCACAACAAUGGAAACUCCCACCUUCUACUUGAACUCAACUCACAUGUGGCAGUAAAACCAAGAGUAAAAGUAGUUAGGCUACUGGUAUGAGUUUAGUAUUUUAAGUAUUGGGAUUGGUCGAGUUGUAUACACCAAUGCUGCAAACAUCAAGACUAGAUUUUUCUAAUAAAACACCACCCAACUAGGCUUUAUGUUCCAUAUUCUUCCCAUAAAA